ACUUCCUGUAGACUGAAAACCAAGUGAGAUGAAGGAUUGCACCAUACUACACCAGAGAAUUUAGAGGAUAGACACUGCAGAUAGAUCCUGACCAUUACCCAAGGAUCAACUGCACAACUGUGGGAAGACAUCCAGUCCCUUCACAGCAUUGCUUAACACAGAGAAGGUUGGGCAGUGAAACAAUCAUCUGGAAAUUGACCAGGUCAAGGGAGCUUUGACUUAUCAGUCACAUAAAACUGACCAAUGUUGUGGAACCUUCCAUCAGAACCAACCUUCUUAAAGGCUUAGCUGUGGGCGAUCGGCCAGGGUGAGGCUGGGAAGAAGUGUGAGUGGGCUCCAAGUGUGGUAAGAGCUUCAAUCAUUCAUCAAGCCAGUUAUUUGUUUCUACAGUGAGAGCCUGUUUAACUGUGAGGUGUGUGAGGAAAGAUCCACAGGCUCAUUUGUUCUCCUAACAUGCAAGGUGCAUCUCUUGUAAAACUGUUACUUCAAGGGUAGGCAUAUGGAAGAGAAACCAUUCAAAUGUGAUGUGUGUCAUCAAGCCUUCACACAGUUAUCGACACUCAUGAGACACCAACGAAUCCACACUGGGGAUAAUCUGUUCAAGUGUGAGGUGUGUCAGAAAUCAUUGUCUGACACAUGGCACCUCCGAUCACACCAACGCAUUCACACUGGGGAGAAACCAUUCACAUGCAAGGUGUGUCAGAAAUCAUUCUCAGAUUCAUCGAAUCUCCAUGCACAUCUACGCAUUCACAGAGAAGAGAAGCGGUUUUCAUGCAAGGUUUGUGAGAAAGCAUUCACACGAUGUUCAAGCCUCCUGAACCAUCAAAGAAUCCACACGGCGGAGAAACCCUUCAAAUGUGAGGUUUGUGAUAAAGCUUUCAUGACAUCUACAAAGCUUUUGUUGCACCAAAGGAUUCACACUGGGGAGAAACCCUUCAGGUGUGAGGUUUGUGAGAUGUCUUUCACCGAAUCCUCCAAACUCCUGACGCACCGAAGAAUUCACACAAGGGAAAAACCAUUCAAGUGUGAGGUGUGUCACAAAUCAUUCUCACUGUCAUCAAAUCUCCACAGACACCAAUACAUUCACACAGGGGAGAAACCAUUCAAGUGUGAGGUGUGUGCCAAAUCAUUCUCGCAGUCAUCGAAUCUCCAAAGACACCAACGCAUUCACACAGGAGAGAAACCAUUCAUGUGUGAGGUGUGUGACAAAUCAUUCUCUCAGUUCAUGAACCUCCAUGCACACCAACGCAUUCACACAGAGGAGAAGCCAUUUACAUGUGAAGUGUGCAAUAAAUCAUUCUCGCAGCUAAUGAACCUCCGCAUACACCAACGCAUUCACACAGGGGAGAAACCAUUCACUUGUGAGGUUUGUGACAAAGCCUUCACACAGUUAUCGAGCCUCACGAGACAUCAGACAAUCCACACAGGAGAGAAACCCUUCAAGUGCAAGCUUUGUGAUAAAGCUUUCGCAACAUCCACGAGGCUUUUGAUGCACCAGAGAAUUCACACAGUGAAGAAACCCUUUAGGUGUGAGGUGUGUAAUAAGGGCUUUGCACAAUCAUUGGAGCUGGUGAGACACCAACGUAUUCACAUAAGGGAGAAGCUGUUUCUGUGAGGUUUGUGGAAAAGCCUUCACACAGUUAUUGAGCCUCCUGCAACAUCAGACAAUCCACACAGGGCUGUCACCCUACUUAUGUGUAGUUUAUGGUAAAGAUUUUGUGCAUCUUCAAAAUUCCAGAGACAGCAGAGGAUUUAGGCAGGGGAGAAACUAUUCAGGUCUGAUGUUUGUGACAAGGCUUUCACCCACUCCUCUGAUAUCCUGAAGCAGUGGCGGAUCCACACUGGUGAGAAACAAUUCAGGUGUGAGGUGCGUGACAAGGAUUUCACACAGUCAGCGUAUCUCCUGGUUUGUAACCAAACUCACAGAUGGAGAAACCCUAUCAGUGUCAGUUCUGUAAUACCUUCACACAGUUGUCAGACCUCCUGGAACAUCAGCGAACCCACACGGGAGAAAAACUCUUCCAGUGUGACGUGUGCCAGGAUUGUUUCACCUACACCCACUCUCGCCCUACACCGAUGUCUCCACAUGGACUUGGAGCCGGGUCACCUGCUUCCGUUGCACUGAGAGUUGUCUGUGUUGUUUACUCUCCAGUACUCACACAGGGGAGCUGCCGUUCCAAAGCAUUGUCUGCCUCAGCAGUGUCUGUCUUAAACCUCUCCCACCAUCAGUCCAAGUUUCAAGAUGGUUAAUUUACCUUUUGAUCAGAUCACCACAUCACCAGAAGAAGACAUCAAUAUGUAUAGAAGCUCCUGUAUAAACUCAGCAUCCUUUCAGUGCAACGUCAGGUACAAGUCACUCACUGACUCUUACUCUGGCUAAGAAGGCAGAUGUUCAGUGGUUAGAAAGGCUUCAGCUUCUGAUCUAGCAACACAAUCAUCUGGGGUAGUAAUAUAGGUACUUCAAUAAAACUUAGCGUCUCUGGUCUAUGGAGGGGGAGAACCAGCCAGGAAUCCCGUUCCUUAUCAGUGACCCCAACUCAGAAGACAGUGGGAGGGCAGGAUGUGUCUUGGCUGUGACAGUCUCCAUUGUCUCGCAAUAUUCACCGUAUUGCUGAAAAAAGACACAUGGUCAAAGCAUUUCCUUUUGCACUCAUCAGGACAUUUGCAAGAAUACCAAAUAGCAAAGGGAACAACAGUUUAUACUGCAUGAGAAGCGUGUGUUAAUUGGUUGGCAAGUGGAGAAUGCACCAGUAACUGACAACUGACUGCUGAUUGCCAAGCCUUGUUUAAUUUUAAUCCAGGCCGGGGGACUCUGGUCAAGGCAUUAACCCUGGGGAGUGAACCAGGAAUGGCUGUCUCCUAAGCUUUUGUUUAGUUGAAAAAGAUGCAAUGUGUGUACAUGCUCCUUUUUGUCUUCCAAAGGCCAGAACCCUGUGUGUGAAUAUAUGUAGCUUCUUAAUUUCUACUCACAGUCAAUUCAGAAGAAUGUGUGCCAGGAUUUUUCUGCUAGGACAAGACAGAAAUACCUCCAUAGUUCUCACAGUGUGAUUUAUCUCCCUUCUUGAAGAUUGUCACAUUCCUGAAGUCAGGGAGAGUUCUUUUUCCUCCCAAAUCCAUAGGAUGAGUGAAUGAAGUCUUGAUGUGAGCAGAUACCCACCAGCUUUGAAGACCUCGGCUGGAAUACCAUUGGGGCCACAUGCUUUGUUGUUUUUCAUUUGUUUGAUUGUUUGUUGCAGCUCUCCCAUCGAUGGUGACUCACCCAUGGAUUCUACCAUAGGCACAGGGGGAUAGAGUGGAGGAUAUCAGUUGCCACUGUGGAUUCAUGGUUGAGGAGUUGUUCAAAAUGUUCUUUCCAGUGUUAACAGAUGGCAUUGUCAUCCUUAAAAGAGGAGAAACCUCAUCCUGUGAAUGAAGGGGAUUUUGUCCAUUUGACUUCGGUCUAUAGAUGACCCUAAUGACUUCAGAAAAACUUUGCAUGUCAUGAUGAUCAGCAUAUUGUUGGAUCUUUCGGGCUUUCUCUUCCCAUCACUUGUCCUUUAUCUUCUGAAUUUGUAUUUGGGUGUCAGACUUGAGCUGUUGAAAUGCUGCCUUCUUGAGUUGUGGCCUUGGGUUGUUCUGCCAGGCAAUGAAGACUGAUCGUUUUUGUUCCAGGAGGUCACAUAUUUGAAUAUCAUGUUCGUCCAGCCAGUCCUGGUGAUGAUGAUGCUCGAACCCAAUGAUCUGGACACGGUAGUUUAGUGCAGCUGACUUAAUUUGAUCCCACUGUUCAGGAAUUGAGUUGGAUGUGUGAAGAUUUUCCAGGUGCACUUGGAAUUCCUCUCUUCAGUUGGGCUGUGUUAGGGCUGAGACAUUGAUCUUCUUCCUCUUGGACUUUUGGGCCUUGUGAUGUCUUGGUGCUGGGUGGAUGUUCGUCACCGAUCAAACAAGUCAAUGAUCUGUCCAGUAGGCAUCAGUCCCCCACAUGGAUCGAGUGAUACAGACAUCACUUAGAACUUUGACUUGGCUUUAGACCUUCCAGAGGAACCUCCGACAUGGUCUUUGCUGCCAGACAAACCCAAGAAAAAUGUCGAGAACAACACCAGGAAUUCUUCAUUGCAUUCAUCAACGUGAUCAAAUCAUUUAACUCAGUAAAUUGUGAGGCUCUGUGGAUCAUGCUCCAAUGAUUUGGAUGUCCAAGAAACUUCAUCACAAUCCUGCAAUUGCUUCAUGAUGAUAUGACUGCAGCUGUCUUGAGUGGUAAAUCUGAAACAGAUGCCUUCAAAAUCCAGACUGGUGUCAAGCAAGGCUGUGUUGUAGCCCCCAUUCUAUUUACAAUCUACCUGACAGUGGCUAUUCACCUCAUCAAAGAUCAACUGCCCUCAGGUGUUAGUAUUAAAUACCAUCUAGAGGGAACUCAUUUACCUCGGUCGCCUCCGUUUCAAAACUAAACUGACCACUAUAGAUGCACAUGUUCUACAGUAUUCUGAGAGCUUUUUCUGAUGUGUGUGUGUGCACGUGUGUGAAAUAUCUUGAGACAUUUUCAAAUGCUUUGUUAUUUUGGUUGAUUCAAAGUUUGUUGUGAGCUGAUGGGCUGGUAUUAUUUGCCUGCUGCUUUAUCAAACUUCUGUAUAGAUUUAAACACCCAAUAAAUUCACUUUUUAGUGUAACUCAAACUACCUGAUUUGUCAGCAGUGUCAAGAAGAUAUAAUAAUUCUCAAUGUUAU